CCACAGCUGCGGGUUAACAGGUGACGUAGGGGCUUGGUUUCGACAGGUGAGACAACAGGUGUGAUGUUCUUACUGCACUGGGACUGACUGGGGAGUUGUUUUCCUGCCACAACUGUUCGCUGAAAUGGAAGUGGCAUAAAGGACGCACUGCAGCUCUGUCACCUGCUGCCGAGAAGACGAGAAAACGCCACCAUUCACUGGACACGAGCCUCAGUCCCUGGAACAGCAAUGCCUCCCCCGAUGCGCCACCGCUCAAUGCGCGUCUUCAUGAAUGAUGAUCGUCACGUCAUGGCCAAACACUCUGCCAUCUACCCGACUCAGGAGGAGCUGGAAACUGUCCAGAACAUGGUGUCUCACACGGAGCGAGCGCUGAAGGCCGUCUCUGACUGGCUAGAUAAACAGGAGAAGGGAACGUCCAAGUCUGAGUCAGACGGCACAGAUCCUGAUAAAGAAAGUGAUCACAAAGAUCAGGCAACUCGCUCUCUGCGUGGUGUAAUGAGGGUGGGUCUGGUGGCCAAGGGCCUGCUACUGAAGGGGGACCUAGACCUGGAGUUGGUCCUCCUCUGUAAGGACAAGCCCACCAUCAGUCUGCUGAAGAAGGUGUCUGAGAAUCUGGUUACUCAGCUCAAGACUAUCACAGAAGACAAAUAUGUGGUGACCCAGAACGUCCGUGAGGCUAGUAUUAUCAUCAAGAACACCAAGGAGCCCCCCCUCACCCUCACCAUUCACCUAACAUCCCCUUUGGUGCGUGAGGAGAUCGAAAGGGCUGCUGCUGGAGAAUCGCUUUCAGUCAACGAUCCCCCGGAUGUUCUGGACAGGCAGAAAUGCCUAACUGCCUUGGCAUCUCUCCGCCACGCUAAGUGGUUCCAGGCCAGAGCCAAUGGGCUGCGCUCCUGUGUCAUCGUCAUUCGGAUCCUGAGGGACCUGUGUGUUCGCGUCCCGUCCUGGGCCCCGCUUCGUGGCUGGCCACUGGAGCUGAUCUGUGAGAAGGCUAUUGGCACAGGGAACCGGCCCAUGGGUGCAGGAGAAGCUCUGCGGAGGGUUUUGGAGUGUCUGGCUUCAGGAAUCCUCAUGGCAGAUGGAGCUGGAAUCUCUGACCCGUGUGAGAAGGAGGCCACAGAUGCCAUCGGUCACUUGGACCAACAGCAGAGAGAAGACAUCACAGCAAGUGCACAACAUGCCUUAAGGCUGUCGGCUUUCGGACAGCUUCACAAAGUGCUUGGAAUGGAUCCCCUUCCCUCAAAGAUGCCCAAGAAGCCUCGCACCGAUGCUCCUAUCGAUUACACAGUGCAAAUUCCACCUAGUACAGCAAAUGCUCCACCAAUGAAACGGCCCAUUGAGGAGGAGGAGGGUCCUGAUGACAAGAGUCCUAACAAGAAGAAGAAAAAGCUGCAGAAGAAAUCUGCCGAGGAGAAGGCCGAGCCUCCUCAGGCCAUGAACGCUCUGAUGAGACUCAACCAGCUGAAGCCUGGUCUUCAGUACAAGCUGAUAUCCCAGACGGGCCCAGUUCACGUCCCGGUCUUCACUAUGGCUGUAGAAGUGGAUGGCAAGAGCUUUGAGGCCUCUGGCCCAUCCAAACGCACAGCCAAGCUGCAUGUGGCCGUGAAGGUCCUGCAGGACAUGGGUCUACCUACAGGGGUGGAGGCGAAGACAGCCGAGUCCAUAAAAUCAGAAGAGCUUGCAGUUCCUGUGGAAGAUGUGAAGCCAGUGGUGCUGCCUGUUGAAACCCCGACUGCUUCUACAGCCGCAGCGAACACGGACGCCACCGACGCUGUGGAGACGGCUCGCCAACAGGGACCCAUCCUAACUAAACAUGGCAAGAAUCCGGUGAUGGAGCUGAACGAGAAGCGCCGUGGCCUCAAGUACGAACUGAUCUCAGAGACAGGUGGCAGCCAUGAUAAACGCUUCGUCAUGGAGGUGGAGAUCGAUGGACAGAAGUUCCAGGGGACAGGUUCCAAUAAGAAAGUGGCCAAAGCAUAUGCGGCCCUGGCGGCUCUGGAGCGGCUCUUCCCAGAGGGCUCUGUUUCUGAAGCUGCUAAAAAGAAGAAGGGACCCCCGAUGCACGCUGCAGGCUUCGGCAUGAUGGGCCCCUCUGGAGGCAUAGAAGCAACUAUGCCCAGAGGCCGAGGAAGAGGAGGCCGUGGCCGUGGGAGGGGCAGAGGGUUCAACAACGGAGGCGGCUACGGCCAAGGAGGUGGCUUUGGAACGUAUGGUUAUGGAAACAGUGCUAACUCUGGAUACAAUUACUACUCCAGCGGCACAAACGGAGGAGCAGGGGCAUCAGGCAGUCCAUCGGCCGGUCCUCCAACCAGCGCAGCACCUGGCGCGGCGGAGGGCUCCUACGGCGCCUACUACCAGAACGACGGCGCCUACGCUGCCGCCUCCGGCGCCAAGACCCCUAAAAAGAAAGUGCCCAUGCACAAGGCAGGGAAGUCGGCCUUUCUCGGGCCUCUGAAUGCCAGCAGCGGCUCCGCGGGGGGCUACCAGCCGGGCCCCUCCGGACAGGGCUCCUACAACCAGUACGGCCAGGGCUAUGGGCCAGGAAAGAAGGCCUUCAGCCAGAACCAGGGCGGGGCCGGGGGCUACUCCUACAGCACCGCCUACCCGAGUCAAGUGACGGGGGGUUCUGGAGGGAGCCAGGACUACAGCUACGAAGGCUUCAGUAGUCAGUCCAGUUACAGCUCACAGGCAGGAGGUGGCAGCAGCCAGGGCUUUGGCACCAACCACUCUCAGUACCACAACCCAACAGGCUACGGCAGAGGAGACGGCAGCACGAACUAUAAGUACAGAUAGACGGAGUCCGCGCGUCUACAAAGCAUCCAAAGAACGUGUGCGACAGCUCUGCCUUUUCCAUGUUGGCUUCUUUUGGGUUCUUGUGUAGCACGUGGCACAGAGUGAGUGUCUGUGGUGUGGUCCUGGUCUGGUCAGUGCUCGGUCCUGUGAUUUCUAACUUAUUUUUCUUAUUCUGUGCUACCAGACCUCAUUCAUGUCACUUAAAUAUGAACUCGCUCUUUAGUUCUCCUGUGAAUCUAGUUCAGUUGUGUAGUUUGAAACUACAAUCGUUCUUGUAUUUUUUGUAACUAUUCAAAACCCACAACAGCUUCUUUUUUUCUUCUAUUGCUUGUAAUUUGUUCUUAUUUUGUAAUUUACCUGAUGUGACGUAGUUCUUUUAAUAAAUGCUUUUAGAGGUUGCUGUUGUCUUUCUGACUGGGCAGGGUUUGUUCCUGUUGAUGUAAAACAAGUGUUUGUAUGAAUAAAUACAUUUUAUUUUGA